CCCACAUUUAUGUAGAUUCGCUUCUGAUUAUCUAUCGAUUAACUCAAACCUAAUUUCGACUAUCAUCAAGCUAGCCUGCAACAGAAGUCAGGUGGAAAUGUCAAGGCGCAAGUCCCGGAAAAAAUUUGCACAUAAACGGAGGGCAAGAAAGAGUAAGAUAGUGAAGGUUGACCCGUUUAUCUUUCUUCCAGAUGACAUCCUUAUAGAAAUCCUUAAAAGGCUUCCUGAUGCUGUCCUCCGUUAUAAGGCAAAGUAUGUAUGUAGCCGUUGGUUCAAUAUAAUCACAAACAGCAUCUUGCUAGACCAUGCUUCAUAUAUCCUCCAGAAUAUGGAAACCUUCAGAACAUGUCUUGUGGAUAUAAGGGAAGAAGGAGAAAGGCUACAAGUGAAAGAGCAGGAUCUUGACAUACCUCACAUAGGCAUGAUAAGGUCUUGGUGUAACGAGUUUCUUCUGAUAUCCGUUUCCUACACAGACACUUUGUAUGUUUAUAAUCUAAUUACCAAGGAAGGAUCAUAUCUACCCCAGCAUAAUGCACCUUGUGGUAGAUAUUGUAUUGGCAACUGUGGAGUGGCACUUUCUGGGUUCAAGGGAAUAUACAAGGUCGUUCAUUUGUAUAGUGGCCCACCAAUCAAAUGCCAUAUUCUUAAUCUUGGAAGAGGAGAUAAUCUGAUGAGUUGUGUUUCUUCAAAGUGGAAACACGUGAAAGGUUCUUUUACCAAGGACGUGAAGAACAGGCUACAUUCUUGGUGUGAACCGGUCUUAGUUCGUCAAGGUAGGUACAUCCACUGGGAAACCUUUAAUGACUCCAACGACCUGCUGGUUUCAAUGGAUACUGAAACAGAAGAAAUUUUCCAGAAAAGACUACCGACAUCAAUUGAGGAGAGAUACCACGGGAAUUCUCUUUUUGUGAUUGGUGGUUUCCUCGCCGUUUUUGAUAGAGUUUAUGAUCAGGGCAAUGUAUGGAUUCUUAAAGAUUUUCGUAGGAAAAGGUGGAAAAAGUUGCAGUUGAUAACUGGGCACUAUACAAGAUACCUUGAUACUUAUCGCAUCUGUGGUGGGAUAAGUAAGCGAUAUAUCAUUCUGAGAUCCACAACAGCUGCUAAGGGUAUACGUAUGUGUAGUUAUGAUGUGAAAAAUGGAGUCUUCAAAGAGUUGGACAUCAGCAUUGGAUCUGAUCAUGACCAUUUCGUGGUUCAUUCAUCAGCACCAAUUAAGAUUUAAAUAAUGCAUAUAUGCAGAAACCACAAUAUUCACAACAUAAAACAAGAGAAUGGGUAUUGUUGAUUUUGUUGGAUAAUGGACGACUGAAUGAUGUUAGAAGUAAAGGUGCUUAAUUAUAAUUGUAGUACUCUGGUAGUGUUCUUUCUUUAAUCGUUCUUCUUGUUUUACAUAUGUGGAGAACAUCCAUUAAUUUUAAGGGUUUUUUUUUUUGUCAUAUACUUGCCAUUGUAGUACUCUUGCUUAGAGAUUGUGUAGAAAAGAAAUCAACUUAACUAUCUGUAAAACCUAAUUAACGCUAGGGGGUGGU